AUGAGGAGGAGAAGAACUAUGCUAAAAAGAUGGAGAAUCAAAAGAAAGGGCCAGAAUGCAAAAAAAGCUAUACAUAAUGGAAAUGUUGGUCCUAAAGAACAAAAAGAGAAGGCCAGUGACAAUCAACAAGUUAAAAGGGGAAGACAGGAACAUGUGGAAAAAAAUAAGCAGUAUAGAAAGCUUAGAGGGAAAAGUGAACCUCCCAGAACAGCUUUCAAACCUACAAGUGCUCUAUUUGGAGUUAACAAGCCAAUGCCAGAGAAUAUGCAACCGAAAAAAGGUAUUGGUAUUCCUAAGAAGAAUGAGGAGAUCCACAAGCAGAAACAAAGAGAAAAUUGUGAAGAGAAUCAAGAUAAAGAUAAGGGCAAUGAGGAAGAGUCUAAUCAAAAUGAUAUAUCAGGUCUUAACGCUGAGAAAACAGAAGAGACACAAAAUGAUGAUCAACAAAAAGAGGAUAAAUGGGCUGAGGUAUCAUCUGAAGAGAAAAAUACUUCUGAUGAAUCGGAGGAGGAUGGGGAUGAAGAAAGUGAGGAAGAAGAGAAUACAAAGAAAUGUACACCUGGAUAUGAUCAAUCCAACAUAAAGAGGAGCUCAAAAGAAAGUGAGGCAACCAAGAAUGUUACAGAAAACAAAGAUAACAAACAUAUCAAAAUAACUCUUGUCACAAGAAAUCAAAAGAAGAAUAUUACAAAACCUAGCCAAAAACCCCUCAAUGAUUAA